AUGUUGCACCCAGAGGAUUGUGCCUGGCAGAACUACAGAUUACCUACCGGCAUUCUCCCACAGGCCUACCGACUGACUCUCGAAGCCAUAUUAGUUGAAGGCUACAACGCUUCAGGCUACCUGGAGAUUGACAUUUACAGUGCUGAGCCAACGCAGUGCAUAGUGCUGCAUGCCAUGGGGAUGACCAUCGACUCUGCCACGGCCGUCUUUGCUGACGGCAGUCAGUACGAAGGCACCCUUCUGCUAGACAACGCCAUGCAGAGCAAUGACCAGCUCGCAAUCUAUUUGGAGCAGCCACCUGUGUAUGCGAGGCAAGCAUUCCCCUGUUUCGACGAGCCCUGGAUGAAGGCUACAUUCCAGCUGACACUCCUGCUGGAAGAGGAGGAAGUGGCCCUCUUCAACACACAGCUGGCAAAUGACACCAGAAUUGACCCGGCCAGUGGGCUUCGCAUCUGGGAGUUUGAGCCCACACCCGUAAUGUCAACCUACAUUGUGGCGUGGGCCAUUGGCAACUUGACGAGUAUUACACAGACAGUGCCAGGCUCGCUGCCAGGCCAGGAGAACCGCACAGUCAGUGUCUGGUCCUCCCCAGACAUCAUCCAGAACUACCAGUGGGCCCUACAGUCAGCGAGCGCCAUUUUGCCCAAUUAUGAGGCCCUCUUUGACUACCCGUACUUCCUGCCCAAGCUGGACAUUGUAGCAAUCCCAGACUUUGCCUUCGUGGCCAUGGAAAACUGGGGGUUGCUUUACUAUGACAUCCAUCGAAUCGAUAUCGCCCCCGGCACAUCACCCUUGUCUUACAGGUACUUUUUGGUGGCUGACACAAUUGCGCAUGAGAUGUCGCAUCUGUGGUGUGGGGAUCUGGUCUCAAUGUUUUGGUGGAACGAUCUUUGGCUCAAUGAGGCAUCUGCGACCCUGUGGGAGUUCUAUGGUGCCAGCUUUGCUCAGCCGGAGUUUGAUGGCUUCUCCAGCUUCUUCUAUUCCACUGCCACCACCCUGCCUCUGGUUUCUGACAUUGGCACAGCCACGCACCCUGUCAUUGAUCCAUCAAGCUCAGAUGCAGAAAAUGACACCGAGGUAUCAGCGAUCUUUGACAACGUGGAGUACAGAAAGGGCGGUUCAGUGCUGCGCAUGCUUUGGAAUUACAUGACCAGCGAUGAUUACAAGAGCUCCAAGCUCCCGCCUGACUACCAGACUGCCCACUCACAAGAUGAAGACAAUGCCACUCUGGCAGCAUUGGAGGGGGACCCCUUCAUUGAUGGCUACAGAGCAUGGCUGCGGAGCCCAGUAGACAAGUGGAUGGAGACCUGGCUGUACAGGGACGGCUACCCAAUCCUCAACGUCCAGUCAUCUCCAAAUGGCACAGUGUACGCCAGCCAGAGGAUUGGACUCGCAGUUGAGGUCACCACACUACAGGGCGAGGAUGACUUCAUUGCAGCAAAUGUCAACCAGAGCGGGUACUACCGAGUGCAGUAUUCUGAUGAUCUUUGGCGGGCAGCUGCGCGUGCUGCAGCCUUGCCCGACAGCAGGAUUAGUCAGGCUGAUCUGGCGGGCCUCCUGAGCGACUCAUACACCCUGUUGCCCUUCCCCGGGGCGGUGAACAUAACAGUCUGGUUGGACCUUCUCGGAGCAUUGGGAUCCCGAGCAAGGCUGGAGUAUCAGCCCUGGAGCAUUGCAGACCAGCAGAUCAAUCAGGUGCACCACGUGCUGAGAGAGCUGUGCGGCAAUGCCUUUGAUUCUUUUCUGGCAGACGAGGUGACUGGCGGCUUCUCAGAACUGCCCCUCAAUGGGUCCACUCUGUCUGGGGUUAAUGACAGAGCAGCAGUCGAGUCCGUGCUGGACAUUGCCAGUAUGGGCGGCAACGCUGGCCUGAUCAGCAGUGCUACAAUUCUGCUGAAUGAGUCCUACUACGGGAGCGUCCUGCUUGACACUGACUAUGAUAUGGGCGUGCUGAGCCUUGCGGUGUCUUCUGGCAAGGCCACCCCGUACAACAUUGCUGCCAAUCUGUACGAGCAGGCUACUGACACCGACCAAAAGCAUGGGUACUUGGUUAUUCUGGCCGGCACGCCCACAGCUAGCUUCACAGAAGAUGCGAUGGUUGUAGUGCUACAGCUGAAUGUCACUUUGGCAGACAUGCAGGAGGUUUUCAACACAUAUGCAGGCGCUAGCCCUUUGGGUCGGGACAUUGCAUGGGACUAUUUCACCAGCAACCUAAACACCAUUCUGGAAAAGGGCGGGGGCGAUAUUGAGGCCAGCUUUGGGCCGCUCAUUUCUGGCAUCGGUUCGCAGUUCACAGACCCUGACGGAGCUCAGAAAGUGCGAGAGCUCUGGUCCAGCAUACAGGUACGCCUUCAUGAGUUUCUGGACAUCCCUCAGUUGAGUGCAUUUGCUCACUCUACCAGGACUAGCUGCAAUGUCAUGGCAACACUCAUUCAGGAUUAA